AUGAACCACCGCAACUACGAUAAUGGCGAGUAUCAGCAUCGAGAGAAGCAGCAACUUCCACAACUUCGAAGCCCACCGCCUCGUGAUGGGUCUCCUCGCUCGGAUGCUGCUGCUCUAAACGGUGCUCAGAAGAAGAGGGAUUACGUUCCCUACCAAGACGCUCUAUACUACAACAACGAAAACUCAGGAUCAUACGGCUCGGGCAGCUCAGACCGCGAUCCGAGAGAUAGACGCUACUCAGAAGUCUACGAGCGAGUCCGACGUCGUCGCCGAAACGGCACUGAAGAUUCCUGGGAAGAUCACCGCUACGAACCAAGCCGCUUCCCAGUCACCGAGUAUCAUGGCAAGCAACGGUACGCAGACGACGAUCAGCCAUCACCAGAGCACCCUCUCCCAGUAAACGGCCACGACGACCGCAAGUCUCGCCGUCCAGACCGCCGUAGCCGAAGCACCAGCUCCAGCAGAAGCCGACACUCCGACCGCAGCCGCAAAUCCAAACGACAAGACCGCCGCAGCCGCACCGACGACCACUCCAGAUCCAAAUCCCGCUCGCGCUCCCGCUCUCACAGCGAAACCAAAACCAACAAAGGCCCGGACCCCAACACCCGCCCCCAAGACGACCCCAACCGCCCCUCCGAAGGCUACACAGCCAUGAAAGCGCUCAAAGCAGGCGCCUGGGCGGGCGGCGUCGAAGUCGUGCGCUGCCGCAUGGAACCCGGGCCGUGGACCGGCCAAAAAGGCAAACGCGUGGCGCUCGCCGCGACGGUCGGCGUGGCGAUCGGGGCGCUGCGGAAUGGAAGGAAUCAAGCUUCGGGGAAGAUGCCGUAUGCGGAGGCGGCCAUGACGGGGUUUUAUGCGAUUGAUUUUUUGAACAGGGUGGCACGGCAUACGGAGCAUGGGAAGAAUUCGGUGAAGGAGCAGGAAGAGUGGAAUCGGGAUCCGGAGGUUGUGAGGGGGAGGGAGGAGAGGGUUAGGAGGUUUGCGGAUGGGCGGUGA